GCAAGGAGCGAUCCAGGCCUGGAUCGCCUGCAUCUGGAGGCGCUGGCCACCUAAACGGCUUGAGGCCCAUGACCUCACUCCUCGGCAACACUGCCACCGCGAGGUUCGAGCUCCCAUCCACGGACUCGCCGUGGCAAGUCGCCUUUGGAGCGCCAAGCAAACUCGGCCGAUGCCUGUCUCCUCGCACAUUCUUGGCGUUCCGUGUCCUCCUUGCUCUUUUCUGGACCGGCAUCACAAUCUGGAGCAUGGUGGACCACAAGGCCAAUGACCUCGAGACGGCGCCAGAAUUCUACAUCUACCUCACCAACUGGAGCCUUCUCAUCGAGUGGUUCUACCUCGUGUCUGCGACAUUCGUCACUCGGAUGGCACUCCGCAACCCAAAGCGAACUGCGCUGGAUGGCGCUCCAUCAAAGACGCCGCUCUUUGCGCGCAUCACGUACGCAGCACAGGUCGAGACCUACGUCCUCUCCUUCUUCGUAUUCGUGCUCUACUGGGCGCUCGUUUACGAUGGCGGCACCAUCCAUGCUCUCUCGGUCUUCACCCACGGCGUCAACUUCCUCGUCGCGCUCGCAGACUGCCUGGUCGCGGGCAUCCCAAUGCGCCUCGUGCAGUUCUGGCUCCCCUUCGUCAUCUCGAGCACGUACGUCAUCUUCUCGGUUGUCUACGACCUCGCCGGCGGCACCGCCGACGGAGACUCAUACAUCUACUCGGUCCUCGACUGGUCCGAAGAUCCGGGCACCGCCGCCACAUACGCGGUCCUCGUCAUCCUCGUCGCCUUCCCUGUCGUCUUCGCAGCUUGCGUGUUCGGCGUCUACCCUCUGCGUGCACGGUGCGACUGCUGCCCGCCCGCUCAUCCAGAGCACCGCCGGCACUGCCCGACACCGCUGGCGCUUCCGCCCGCGCGCCGCGAGCUGACGCCCAAACUCGAGGCAGAGCCGGUUGCCCCCGGGUACGCGCAGCCUGUGGCACCGUAGAAGGCGGCAGCCCAGGGUGCGCACAGUACAGUAUUGGCGCGUGGCGCGAUGGCGUCCUGCCCGUCAUCCUUUCCGCACACGCCUCCAUGUGUCGGAUGUCAAGUACAGUCGAUUCCGACGUCGACGAUCGUGCUGUGUCGCGCUGUGACCUCCCCCCGGGCUGGCCGGGCUGCGAGUCGCCGUUCUCCGGGCUCUCAGCGAUUUUUUGCUUCUGUGUACGUCGUUGAUUUCAGUAUAGUACGUGCGCAUGUCAGUGUUGUCUGUUGAAUGAGCUUGGGCGUACAGUCGACGGGACCCAUCUCGCGAUGCUGCUCGACCUUUGCUUUCA